AAGCCAUUGCCGACCGGUAGUUACAAGCUCGUCGCACUGCACCCACCCGCGCAACCAUGAGGCCUCUUGCAAGUGUCGCCCGUUUCUUUGGCUAGGGCGGACAGAAGAGCUGUUGUGGUGUUGCCGUGACUGUGGUCCCCGUCCAGAGAAGGGAAAAUGACUUUUUCUCUGUGUUGUGUUGCACUUUCUGAGCGGCUAUACUGGCUUAGUACUGGCUUUUGUAUGCUACCGUCUUUUUGCUUUGCUGGGAGCAUUUUCUGAACAAAGAUCCGUGCUCCGCCAGCCGAAGCACUCGCUGAACUGGCGUUGCCUCAGCAACUGCCUCUCCCGCAUCACUCCCUCUGCAUUGGUUGGCUCUUGCGUUUCUUAACCGCACGGCCUUUCAAGGAAACCACAAGGCAGGCGCGUUCAAUGGUGUUUUGUGGGGAGAUCCGUUUCGACUGUGUAAGGAUUUCACCUCAACUCCACGCUUCAAGUCCCCGUGACUAGCUGAGUAGCAUACUGCUGGUCUUGUCGCAGGCUGGCCAGUGGAAUUUCGUGCAAGAGCGUGGCGCGUUUGUCCAAGAAACGACCCAUAACAACCAAUUUCUUGUUUAGUCGUACCUCCUGUGGCUUUCUUGUCUUGACGCGGGAGAACGACGUCCAGUGGUAGGAAGCGCCUUUGAUGUUUUCAGGGUCCGUGAUCGUGUGCUUUCCUCGAUCACAUUAUUCCUGUCUCGCACACACCUUCCGGACGAUCCAGACCGGCGCCUGCACCGUUUUCAUUGUGUCUGCCCCGUUGAUCUCCGCUGUUUUCUGAACGUACUUUCCCUGCGUUGAAACAUGCAGCCUUACACGAUUCCUCAACGGUAAUACUACGCUGUUGCCAUCGCACCAACACAGCAGAAAGAGCCACAAUGGAGAGUGAAAUUGCCUUUGAGAAUGCAUGUCCCGAAGCCGCCGUACAAUCCUUCUCUCACAAUUUUCAGAAAGAUUCAACGGCGUUUGAGGCAACGCGUGCUCCUCCAGUAACUCAUAAUGACAACAACCCUUCGGUAGGAGUUACGCUUGGAAAUGGCGUGCAACAUUUUCCCUGCUCAGCAGGGCUCGCAACGGAGUCUGACAUACCAUGGGCCGCCAACGGUGCCCUUCUUUCCGCGGAGGCGGUGGCUUCAGCCGCUGCUACAGCUGAAGUUUAUGAGGCAAAAAUGCAAGAGAUGAAAACCCAAAUUGUUGAUCUUUGGAGUCAGAAAGAAGCCUUUCGCCGUGCUAACGAACGGAUUACACGUCUGCUCAUGCGGCUCCAGCAGCGUGGGCCAUCGGCAGCUGCAGAUCUCAAUGCGAAGGCAGCAGAGGCGUUGCGUUCAACCCGUGGUUCGUCCACUCACCGGGGCCCCCGCACUAACCUAGACACACCCCAAGAGGAGCGGUCGUCGCAGACGACGCGAUCUUCGAGAACCGAGGGACGCUGCUCAGGGAGCCCUCACCGAAACGAGAGUAUAGCUGAACGGUCCCUCCAUCCGUCGUUUAUGGGUAGCUCGAGUCAGAAGCAAUCAGCACAGGACGAAUGUGGUACGGUUUUGAAGACACCCUCGCUAGUGGUCCCCCCAUUGAAACUUGGGGGAAUGUUAUUACAAAAGAAGGAAGGUGCGUUAACUGAUCGGACAAAAAGUGAACCGGGAUCUACAGAAGGCUGUCGUAACGGUACAACUGUAAGCGCGAGGCAUCUGCACGGCGGGGGUAAUAUUGGGAAGCAACCUGAUGGUAGAGAGCACAUUGCUUCUGUAAUUCGUCGCAAUGGCGAAAAGGAACUAGGACGCUUCAAUGGAACAGCGUCUAAGCACCAGCAAGGCACUCAGGAAUCCGCGUGUAAGCAGACGUAUCCUCCGCCACUGCCACUUCGAUGCGUCAGGACAUCGACGAGUCAUAAAGGUGGGAAAACUUCUUCCCGAAGACGUAGCAUGUCUCAGAACGUCCGCAUUCCAGCCGUUCCCGCCGGUACUUGUGAUCGUCCAGCGUUGGGCAGUCAGCUAGGAAGGUCGUCUACCACCAGCUACCCAGCAGUCCCGCCCUUGCCGAUUAAUCAGCGUCGCACGCUUCAACUGAGCCAAAGCCUGGCUUCAGCUCGCUCACGAAGUAGGAGGGGGGCGUUUACCUCUCGCCCUUCACUGGCGGAAACCGCCCUGCGCACUCCUCGUCGAUGUUUCCUUGAUGACGGUAUCUCGUGUGCUGUACAGUCACUCAGUAAAGAUUGCGCCGGAACGUCUGCAGGUCCAUCUGGUUCGGUUAGUUCUGUGCUAUGUACUGCCGCUGAGCCUGUGCUAAACAUGCACAGCUCGAAUGCGUCGGCGGGUCUGGCGGCCCAUGACACGGGGUUCGCAGACCUUGAGGAACAUGUGGCAGCUUCCGUUCGACAAGCACUGGAGACCCUUCAAACUGCAGAUGGAGGCAUGCGAAGCCAUUCCGGAGCAUCCAGCAGCGCAGCAGCAGCUGUCGCCGCGACAGGCAUGACUGGAGGGAUGAUGAGCUGUGUCCAGAAACCAACAGAUGGUUACUGGCACAUCAUGUAUACCUGUGUGCUCAAAAUUAGAGGAACGGACUUCUUUCUCGACGUACGAUGUGGAGACAAGGGCCCGAAGUCCGGAAGACUCAUCGCUAGUACGGAACGAGCAGGCGUGUUCAAGGUCUGCGUGCGUCACCUGUUGAAAUCUGCUCGAGAUUUCUACGACUCACUGAAGGUUCUCUGGUGGCAACCGAUGCCGGUCGUUGUUGCUGAUGGACUGCUUCCAUUUGACGAACUUCUCCGCCGGCAUGCUGAAAAGGAAAUGGAGAAGCGACGGAAGAGGAACAAGAAGAAGAACAGGAGGAGACGCGGCAAAGGCAACGAUGCCCAGUCGUCUGUUGACAAAGGUACAACAGUGCAGCGUACACCAGAAGCGCACACGUCUUGUGGCCCAGAUGUCGACUUGCUAAAGUCGUCGUCUGCGGGUACGAGUUUCUCCCUUAGUCGUGGACCUGGUGACAACAUAACGAAUAACGCUGGACAAGGGGACCCAGACGAACCUGCCGAAGUCGAAGCAAAUGCGGCCGCGACACGAAAGGUUAUGGGAAGUGUUCUGUUGUCGGGCCACUCGCCUUCCCUAGAUGACCGCUCUGAUGUAAGCAAUGGCGGAGGCGCUGCAGGGUCCGCGACACAAGAGAGCAAACGGAAGGCGGACUACAGCGAAUGGGAUGUAGUCGCCUUGAUGUACAUAGGCAGCCUUGACGCAGAAACUCCAGUCGCUCAGUUCCAGGGUUUACAGACAAGAGAUGGGGGGAGUUCAUCUCCAAAGAACACCGACGACUACUGGUACGUUAGUAAUAGCAAAGCUGCCUUUCCCGUGUGCCGUGGAUGCGGUGGUACGGCGGGAACAUCAGAACGGGCGAGAGGAGAUACCAGUGGCCAGAAUUUGAAGGAAGCUACAUCAACUCGAAGUGGGGGUCAGGCAACCAAUCGGAUUACGAGCAGCUGUGAAUGUGAGAAGGGUGGACGCUCGUCAGGUCGCACACCACCCUCUUCAGACGCACCGCACGAGGCUUCGUUGGAACGAGCGUUUGAUCGGGCAUGCCAACUUUGUUUACACAACAGGCUGACCCCUCACGAGGCAUUUAUCGUGAAAAGAGCAGACCGUGAGCGUGGCUGCUUUCCACUGUAUCACAAAACCGGUAGGCGGUAUCUGUAUGCACAUCCAACGAACGGCCUCGUAGGGAUGAUUACCGCGAGUAGCACGGUGGUGGCUGCGACAGCACAAAAAAUAAUGGCCGGCAUCAAGUCGAAGAAGGUAGAUGGUCGUAGCGCAGUAAGCAGAGAAGCAGAAGAACAGGAUUCGGUGUUGCACCCGCUUCUAGGUGAUGAGAAAAAUAACACUCAAGAAGGCGACGACAUAUCGGGAAGGCAGGUUUUCAUGCCCUCCGAAUUCGAACUCAUUGCCCUAUCCGAUCUCAUGGUUCAACAGACAGUGGCACAGAUCCUUGCGUCCCUACCCUCUGUGGAGUCGCCUCGUGGCAGCUGGGAUCAUUCAGGCUUGUGGGGAAAGGAGGGGAUCGAAGGAAGUGAAGACGAAGAAGGUGAAAUAGAUCAUCUGAAGAAUCGGUCUAGGGCGACAACAGUGAGUAGCGAUGAAACAGACUGCCAACAAGGAGGUAGCGCUACGUCUUUCCCCUGCAGCGGAGACGAAGACAAUCGUGAUGGGUUGUCAUGCGAUGCAAGCAACGCUCGACACGAUUCCCUUUCACUCGAAUCCUUUUUUGGAGACCACAUGCAUAGAACAAGUGAACAAUUUUUGCCUGCAGCUGAAGCAUUUUCAUCUUCCACGGACAGGGGCACAGUAUCGUCAGAAGAUGAUACGGACAGCCGCCAACACGGGGCGAAGGGCUUACGGAUUCGCAUGGUUCCACUUUCAGGCGACAGGAAUAAAUGCCGAAGAGAAUCGCUGCCGAGACGAUCACACGAGCAUUCUGUAACUCACAAACGAAGGCCAUCGCGGAAAAGUGGAAGUCCUCGAGAGCCAUUGGACAAUCCAGAAAACGCUGUAGAACGAUUCACCACCGGGGUGUGUGACCAGUUUGUGUUUUCUGACUUGGAUGCAGAGACAGAUCUCGAGGAGGAAACAGAAUUCUUCGGCGUUUCUCUUGACGGUGGGGUGUCAGAUGAGACAACACUAGGUGGCAAGCACACAUAAAACUAUCAGGGAGAAAACGACUGGCGUCAACCUCAAUCGGGGUAUACAAAAGCAAGUGACAUUGUAGGCCAGAGGAAAGCGGGCGCAUUGGAAGAAAGCCGAAAGCACUUGAAACUGUAGGCUCGAGGUGCCAUUUGGUGGAUGAACGCUGGUGAGGAAGAGGAUGGAAGGUGGCGAAACAGGACACGAUGACCUGACAUUACUUGUGCGCGCUUGGGGGGUGGCAUGCACACGAAUACGGUAGGUUUCGAAGAAAGGCAGCCAGUAGUAGUAUUGCUGACACCCUCCCGCUAUUGUGGCAUGUUAGUCAGUGCCCUGAUGUGAGAGUUCCUGAGGGUUACGCGAUUGGUACUCUAUGUCUGGUGACGUCUCUUGUGAUUCUUGUAAAUCGGAGCACAUGAACAUUUCGCAGUUUGGAGGGGAAAAUAAAGAAGCACACGGAACAUGCUCCAUGUAAGCAAUUGCCGACCUGUCUUGCCUGAAUAUGAACUGCGGAAACUCGAAGUUCAAUUCCUGUCCCAGCAAACGACUGCUUUCGUUGAGUGUGCCACACCUACAUCGAAAGGCAGAUCAAACAUGUUUGCACUCGGAAUCUGUGAUAUUGGUCAAUGAUUCCUUGUUGAACGGAGCAAAGGGACGAGGUGCAGGGGACAUAGAGGGAGGGGGAAGCAUGAGAGUGGCAUGUCUAAAAUGACGUUCCGAAAUGGUGACGCCGAUGCCGUCAACGUGGAGGAGUGCCUGGUUGACUUUAUGAUGCAAAACUUGUUUCCCCUCUUAAGUUCUGAUUCGUGCUCGUUUGAACGUUGGAAAACACACACCGUGGUGCCAUGCACGUACUUCUCAAAAUCCAAGUUUCUUGUCAUGACACUGAUCGUACUGAAGCUACCUCUUCGAGGGUCGAUACUCCAUUUCCGUUGAAUUCUUGUUUCUUUGGUGGUCUACGUUUUGCGCAGACAUUCAUUUUGCCUUCUGCUUUCCAUGGGGGCGGCUUUUUGUGCUGCUGAAUCUGUUUUCGCCUCUCUGCAGCAUGCUCGUUUUUUUCCCCUUCGUGUUCGGCUUAGGUGAAAGCUGCAUGCCCUCUGUGUGCUACGAACCUGAUAGGUUUUCCACAAGUUACAAGUUCUGGAGGCAGACUAACAGCACAUUUCGAUUUAUGUACUUUUGCGUACAUGUAGUAGCCGGGGAAAUAUCCGGUCAUAGGCAAGGGUCGACAACCUUCCCUGGCGCCACUGUGUUUUCUCUGUCAGUUUCUGUCUGCUUUCUGCUGCAAGAAACUGUUUCAGCCUAUUGGUUCUUCAGUAAUGCGUAUCAGGGUCCCGCUUUGAUCCAUCUAGGGACAUGUGGUGGAGGUAAGAGACAUGUCACAGCUUCAGUAAGCAGACUUUGUAUGCGCCACUCUGCUCCCUUCCGGCGAACCUCACUUGGGUGCAGCUAGAAAACCUCGCUGUUUCCUUCGCACACAUCCG